AAGAACAGAAUAAAGACGAAAUCCACGUUACGAGAACAAGAUAUGCACGGCAUUCCAAACCAAUCGGUAGUUGAGUCGUGUAGUGGAAAAAGCAUAAUCUGAAUCUAGACGUGUUUAUCAAGAUCUUGAUUUUCUGCGAGAUUUUUCAAGACAGUUUCUUGUAUUUUUAUUAGCUAAUUAUUUUCAGCAGGAUAUUGCAAAGAUAACUGAAGGAAGAGGAAGACAAAAAGAAGACUGAGGAAGACGGAGGGAGACUCUGUAGGGCCAGAAGAAGACUUUGGUCAUCGCUCUUUCAACUAAGGACAGAGAAAUGAGUUUUCACAAGAGCUCGUCUCCCGGCCCACCUAACAACGAUUUGGAGGCCGGGGGAAGCCGUUCCGGAGGCCACCAAAACCGCGACGAGGAGUCGGGUGGUCCUUUCGAUAUUACCAGCACUAAGAAUGCCUCAAUCGAGCGUCUCCGCCGGUGGAGGCAAGCGGCACUUGUUCUAAACGCUUCUCGACGAUUUCGUUACACUUUGGAUUUGAAAAAGGAAGAAGAGAGGACGCAAAUAAUAAGGACUGUUAAAGCAAAUAUUCAAGCCAUACAAGCUGCAUAUCGUUUCAAGAAGGUCUUGUCUCAAGAAAAUGGAACAUUGAAACCACCUUUACCCCCCAAUGGCGAUUUUGCAAUUGGACAAGAACAACUUGGUUUAUUGUCAAGGGAUCAUGAUGUUUCAACUCUGGAACAAUAUGGAAGGGUUAGUGGGCUAUCAGAUUUGCUAAAAACAAGCUUAGAGAAUGGGAUUCAAGGAGAUGAGGCUGAUUUACUGAAGCGGAGGAAUGCAUUCGGAUCAAACACAUAUCCCCGGAAAAAAGGGAGAAGUUUUUGGAUGUUUCUUUGGGAAGCUUGGCAAGACCUCACAUUAAUCAUAUUGAUGAUAGCAGCAGUGGCCUCUUUGGCACUGGGUAUAAAGACUGAGGGUAUUAAGGAAGGGUGGUAUGAUGGAGGGAGUAUUGCUUUUGCAGUGAUUCUUGUGAUUGUUGUUACAGCCUUGAGUGAUUACAAACAAUCUCUUCAGUUCCAAAACCUAAAUGAGGAGAAGAGAAAUAUCCGUAUGGAGGUUAUUAGGGGUGGCAGAAGAAUUGAGAUAUCUAUAUUUGAUAUUGUUGUCGGCGACGUCUUGCCUCUCAACAUUGGUGAUCAGGUCCCUGCUGACGGAGUAGUAAUUUCUGGUCACUCUCUCGCAGUUGAUGAAUCAAGUAUGACUGGAGAGAGCAAGAUUGUUCACAAGAAUUCUGGACAUCCAUUUCUGAUGUCUGGCUGCAAAAUUGCAGAUGGUAGUGGCACCAUGCUGGUAACAAGUGUUGGGAUAAAUACUGAGUGGGGAUUGCUCAUGGCCAGUAUUUCAGAAGACACUGGUGAAGAGACGCCAUUGCAGGUACGCCUAAAUGGUGUUGCGACUUUCAUUGGUAUGAUUGGACUUUCGGUAGCUGUUUUUGUCCUGGUUGUACUUUUAGUCAGAUAUUUUACCGGCCAUACCAAAACCACAAAUGGAACUGUUCAGUUUAAAGCAGGCAAAACAAAACUUGGUGAUGCAGUAGAUGGGGCCAUUAAGAUUGUUACUGUUGCUGUCACCAUCGUAGUAGUUGCAGUGCCUGAAGGGCUUCCGUUAGCUGUUACGUUAACCCUUGCCUAUUCAAUGAGAAAAAUGAUGGCAGAUAAAGCCUUGGUGCGAAGGCUUUCUGCAUGUGAGACCAUGGGCUCUGCCACAACUAUUUGCAGUGAUAAGACGGGAACCUUAACUUUGAAUCAGAUGACUGUGGUUGAGGCUUAUGUUGGUGAGAAAAAAAUUGAUUCUGCUGAGAACAACUCAGAGUUGUCUCCCAUGCUAUCUUCUUUACUUAUCGAAGGCAUUGCACAGAAUACCAAUGGCAGUGUGUAUGGGCCUGAGAGUGGUGGAGAUGUGGAGGUUUCUGGAUCACCAACUGAAAAGGCCAUUCUUUUCUGGGGAGUCAAGCUAGGGAUGAAUUUUGGGGUCAUCAGAUCCAAAUCUUCAGUUAUGCAAGUCUUCCCAUUCAACUCAGAGAAAAAACGAGGUGGCGUCGCACUUAAAAUGCCUGAUGCUCAAGUUCAUAUUCACUGGAAAGGGGCCGCUGAAAUAGUUUUAGCAUUGUGCACACAGUACAUUGAUGCAACUGAUCAGUUGGUACCGAUGGAUGAAGAUAAGGUGAUAUUUUUUAAGAAAGCAAUUGAGAAUAUGGCAGCUGGUAGUUUGCGUUGUGUUGCCAUAGCAUAUAGAACAUAUAAAUUGGAAGAGGUUCCAUCUGGUGAAGACCAACUAGAUCAGUGGGCAUUACCUGAGAAUGAUCUUGUAUUGCUGGCUCUUGUGGGCAUCAAGGAUCCUUGUCGACCUGGUGUGAAAGAUGCUGUGCAACUAUGCCAAAAUGCUGGUGUUAAGGUGCGCAUGGUCACUGGUGACAAUCUUCAAACUGCAAAAGCAAUUGCCUUGGAAUCUGGAAUACUGGGUUCCGAUGCAGAUUCCAGUGAGCCCAAUCUCAUUGAAGGAAAGGCAUUCCGUGCCUUGUCAGAUAAAGAAAGAGAAGAAAUUGCAGAUAAGAUAUCUGUGAUGGGGCGAUCUUCUCCCACUGACAAGCUUUUGCUUGUGCAAGCAUUGAGAAAGAAGGGGCAUGUAGUUGCCGUAACUGGGGAUGGCACUAAUGAUGCCCCUGCUCUACAUGAGGCAGACAUUGGUCUUGCAAUGGGCAUUUCAGGGACAGAGGUUGCAAAAGAGAGCUCAGAUAUCAUCAUCUUGGAUGACAAUUUUGCUUCUGUUGUGAAGGUUGUCAGAUGGGGCCGAUCCGUAUAUGCAAAUAUUCAAAAAUUCAUUCAGUUCCAACUUACAGUGAACGUAGCAGCUCUGAUUAUAAAUGUUGUGGCAGCUGUUUCCUCUGGUGCUGUCCCACUAAAUGCUGUGCAGCUUCUAUGGGUUAAUCUUAUCAUGGAUACUCUUGGAGCUCUAGCAUUAGCUACAGAACCACCAACUGAUCACCUGAUGCACCGGUCACCAGUAGGCCGAAGAGAACCUCUUAUAACAAAUAUCAUGUGGAGGAAUUUGCUGAUACAGGCUCUAUAUCAAGUGACUGUCUUGCUUAUUCUCCAUUUCCAAGGUAGGAGUCUACUGAAUUUGGAUGAUUCCAACCCCGACCGUGCCAACAAAGUGAAGAAUAGUUUAAUAUUCAAUUCCUUUGUCCUUUGUCAGGUUUUUAAUGAAUUUAAUGCUCGGAAGCCAGAUGAAUAUAACAUCUUCAAAGGAAUUACGAAAAACUAUCUUUUCGUAGGGAUAGUAGGACUAACUGUUAUUCUUCAGGUUAUUAUCAUUGAGUUUCUAGGGAAGUUUACUUCGACAGUGAAGUUGAAUUGGUCACAGUGGCUGAUAUCCGUCAUUAUUGGUUUUUUGAGUUGGCCCCUAGCUGUCCUUGGGAAACUGAUACCUGUUCCAGAAACUCCGUUCCACAAGUUUUGUCCAAGAUGCAGACGAGGACAAACUUCUUGAAGCUAGUGUUAGUUGGUAGAGGGUUUGAGGAGUUGUCUGCCCCGCUUGUAGAUUUGCUUUUGUGGGAUUCUUCUCUUUUUUGGUUUCUAGGAUGACAGUGAUUUACGUUUUUGAUGGAACAUAGUCUUGAAUAAUUCUGACAAGAAUGAGCGUGGAAUGCUUUUGCUACUUUUGCUGACAUGGAUCUACACCUGUAGUUGUGUUUCUGAAUGAAAAGGUCACUUUCCCCGGUGGGACGUUUUGGGACUAGUGGAUCUUAUACUGUUAUACAUGAUUGGAACUUGUAAGUGUAAUUCGUGAAGUACAUAACUGCAAUAAAUUAUUAUUGUUAUUA